ACCGCGGAUGGCAAGGACGGCUGCGGUUUGCCCGAAAGCCCUUCUGUGUUAUAGCCUCCUCAAAUCUCAAGAAUUCGUCCAUAAAUCAUUCUAAGUGAUUCAAUACCAUUGUUCUUAUCGCUUCAAUAGCAGUUGUUUCUGCAAAAACUCAGGGUAACAUUUUUGCCACGUCCGCACUCAGGAGUCUCCGUUUCCUACAGAUCCUCCGCAUGGUGCGCAUGGACCGCAGGGGAGGCACGUGGAAAUUACUAGGCUCAGUGGUUUAUGCUCACAGCAAGGAAUUAAUCACAGCUUGGUACAUAGGAUUUUUGGUUCUUAUUUUUUCGUCUUUCCUUGUCUACCUGGUGGAAAAAGACGCCAAUAAAGAGUUUUCUACGUACGCGGAUGCCCUGUGGUGGGGCACGAUUACAUUGACAACGAUUGGCUAUGGAGACAAAACUCCCCUAACUUGGCUGGGAAGAUUGCUUUCUGCAGGCUUUGCGCUCCUUGGCAUUUCUUUCUUUGCACUUCCUGCCGGCAUUCUUGGCUCAGGGUUCGCAUUAAAAGUACAAGAACAGCACCGCCAGAAACACUUUGAGAAAAGAAGGAACCCAGCUGCCAACCUCAUUCAGUGUGUCUGGCGUAGUUACGCAGCUGAUGAGAAAUCUGUUUCCAUUGCAACCUGGAAGCCGCACUUGAAGGCCCUGCACACCUGCAGCCCUACCAAUCAGAAGCUAAGUUUUAAGGAGCGUGUGCGCAUGGCUAGCCCAAGAGGCCAGAGUAUUAAGAGCAGACAAGCCUCAAUAGGUGACAGGAGGUCCCCGAGCACCGACAUCACAGCCGAGGGCAGCCCCACCAAAGUGCAGAAGAGCUGGAGCUUCAACGACCGAACCCGCUUCCGGCCCUCUCUGCGCCUCAAAAGUUCUCAGCCCAAACCAAUGAUAGACGCUGACACCGCGCUUGGCACUGAUGAUGCAUAUGAUGAAAAAGGAUGCCAGUGUGAUGUAUCUGUAGAAGACCUCACCCCACCGCUUAAAACUGUCAUUCGAGCUAUCAGAAUUAUGAAAUUUCAUGUUGCAAAACGGAAAUUUAAAGAAACAUUACGCCCAUAUGAUGUAAAAGAUGUCAUUGAACAGUAUUCUGCUGGUCACCUGGACAUGUUGUGUAGAAUUAAGAGCCUUCAAACACGUGUUGAUCAAAUUCUUGGAAAAGGGCAAAUCACAUCAGAUAAGAAGAGCCGAGAGAAAAUAACAGCAGAACAUGAGACCACAGAUGACCUCAGUAUGCUUGGCCGGGUGGUCAAGGUUGAAAAACAGGUGCAGUCCAUUGAGUCCAAGCUGGACUGCCUGCUAGAUAUAUAUCAACAGGUCCUCCGGAAAGGCUCCGCCUCAGCCCUCACUUUGGCCUCAUUCCAGAUCCCACCUUUUGAAUGUGAACAGACAUCUGACUAUCAAAGCCCCGUGGACAGCAAAGACCUGUCCAGCUCUGCACAGAACAGUGGCUGCUUAACCAGAUCAGCCAGCGCCAACAUCUCUCGAGGCCUGCAGUUCAUUCUGACGCCAAAUGAGUUCAGCGCUCAGACUUUCUACGCGCUUAGCCCUACUAUGCACAGUCAAGCAACACAGGUGCCACUGAGUCAAAGCGAUGGCCCCUCAGCGGCGGCCACCAACAACAUUGCAAACCAAAUAAACGCGGCACCUAAGCCAGCAGCCCCAACAACUUUACAGAUCCCGCCUCCUCUCCCAGCCAUCAAGCAUCUGCCCAGGCCAGAGACCCUGCACCCGAACCCCGCAGGCUUACAGGAGAGCAUUUCUGAUGUCACCACCUGCCUUGUUGCCUCCAAGGAAAAUGUUCAGGUUGCACAGUCAAACCUGACCAAGGACAGGUCUCUGAGGAAGAGCUUUGACAUGGGAGGAGAAACUCUGUUGUCUGUCCACCCGGUGGCGCCCAAGGACUUAGGCAAAUCUUUGUCUGUACAAAACCUGAUCAGGUCCACAGAGGAACUGAAUAUACAGCUUUCAGGGAGUGAGUCAAGUGGCUCCAGAGGCAGCCAAGAUUUUUACCCCAAAUGGAGGGAAUCCAAAUUGUUUAUAACUGAUGAAGAGGUGGGUUCGGAAGAGACGGAGACAGACACUUUUGAUGCCGUGCCGCAGCCUGCCAGGGAAACUGCUUUUGCGUCAGACUCUCUAAGGACUGGAAGGUCUCGAUCAUCUCAGAGCAUUUGUAAGGCCGGAGAAAGUACAGAUGCCCUCAGCUUGCCUCACGUCAAACUGAAAUGAGUUCCUCGUCUUCUUUCUAGGCAUAGCAGUUCCUUUAGCCAUACAUAUCAUUGCAUGAACUAUUCGAAAGCCCUUCUAAAGUUGAAUUUGCAAGAAUCGGGAAGAACAUGAAAGGCAGUUCAUAAGCCCAUUAUCUUUUAAUUGCAUGAAAAUGCAUGUUUAGGGAUGGCUGAAAUUCCAAGGUACAUCAACAUUAACCCACUCAUUUAGUGCCGUACCUUGAGUUAAUAAUCCUGAGAAACCAAACAUUGCUAAUGCUGUGGGGUGUAUGAAAAUUAGGUUACUUAGAAGAUUUGACUGUAUUUUGAAAUUACAGGAGUCAACACCUUUAAAUUUCAGCCAUUUCUGCUUUGCGAUUAAAUGCAAAAUACAUUUUCAGAAUUAGGCCGUAAUAUGUAUUUAAACACAAUGGCGCUCAUCAACAGCUGCUGACAAGGUACCAAGUGAAGCAGAAUUGGGGACAGUAGAAAUGGCUGCUUAUUUCAAGAGCUAUUUGCCGACCCAUUCCUAUUCAGUCAUGUUAUCAUUAAUGUAAUUCGAAUGUCGAUGUGUGUGCUUUUGGUGAUGUGACGCUGUGGCAAGCAAUUUUGCACAUUUUCAUGUUGUUCUUUAUGACAAGAAUGUUCUUCAAUUAGGAAACGUGCAAACCAUGAAAUAACAGGGCCAGUGGGGCAAAUAGACUGACUCUUUGACACAUUUGACUUCAUGGAAACAUAUUCCCUAGUGGCUGAAUCAACUUUAUAAGUGGUCAACUUUCACAAACAAAUAAAAUACUGAUCAGUA